UGAGGGCCCGGGGCCUACGUGGGCCCGCCGCCGGGCCCCAUGAGGCAUAGCCUGACUAAACUGCUGGCGGCCUCGGGCAGCGACUCCCCGACGCGUAGUGAGAGCCCGGCGCCCGUCGCGACCUGCUCGCUGCCCUCGGACCUGACCGGGGCGGCGGAGGACGAGGGGACGGCGGCGGCCGGAUCGCCCGGCCGCAGACAGCCGCGCGGCGACGAGGGCGAGUCGGAGGCCGGGAGGGGGGGCCGCGGCGGCGUGGCCGCGCGCGCGCCCUCGCCUGAGGAGAUGGAGGAGGAGGCGAUGGCCAGCGUCCCCGGGGAGGAGACGGAGGACAUGGACUUUCUGUCCGGCCUGGAACUGGCGGACCUACUGGACCCCCGGCAGCCGGACUGGCACCUGGAGCCCGGGCUCAGCUCGCCGGGGCCCCUCUCCUCGUCCGGCGGAGGAUCGGACAGCGGUGGCUUGUGGAGAGGCGACGACGACGACGAGGCCGCGGCUGCCGAGAUGCAGCGCUUUUCGGACCUGCUGCAGAGGCUGUUAAACGGCAUCGGAGCUUGCAGCAGCGGCAGUGACAGUGGCGGCGGCGAAAAGAGGAGGAGAAAGUCCCCAGGAGGCGGCGGCGGCGUCGGCGGCAGCGGCGGCGGCAACGACAGCAACCAGGCGGCGACAAAGAGUCCCCGGAAGGCGGCGGCGGCGGCUGCCCGCCUCAACCGGCUGAAGAAGAAGGAAUACGUGAUGGGGCUGGAGAGCCGAGUGCGGGGGCUGGCCGCCGAGAACCAGGAGCUGCGGGCCGAGAACCGGGAGCUGGGCAAGCGCGUGCAGGCUCUGCAGGAGGAGAGUCGCUACCUUCGGGCCGUCUUAGCCAACGAGACCGGACUGGCUCGCCUGCUGAGCCGGCUGAGCGGCGUGGGACUGCGGCUGACCACCUCGCUCUUCAGGGACUCGCCCGCCGGGGACCACGACUACGCUCUGCCCGUGGGGAAGCAGCAGCCGGACCCGCUGGAAGACCAGGACGACUCGGCCGGAGGAGUGUGUCUGCAUGUGGACAAGGAUAAGGUGUCGGUGGAGUUCUGCUCGGCGUGCGCCCGGAAGGCGUCGUCUUCUCUUAAAAUGUAGGGUCAAGUAAUCCGCUCUUUAUCCGCGUUUAUCCCCUUUCAACUCCCUUACAUCAUGUAAAACACCUUAGUGGGACAUCGUCACUGGACACAUUUCAGAGGAGGAAAAAAAAAAGUAAUAUUGAAUCUUUAAGUGUUUAGCUAAAAGCAUGAAUGUGACACUGUAACCAACUCCUAAUGAUAACAUGUGACUAUUAAAUCUCUCUGACAGUUUCUUUUUUAGGUGAUUUCCUUCCUGCCAGGCUCCGUUGUAGGGGUUACAGAACAGUCGUUCCCGCCUCACCACCUGUGGAUACAGCUGUUGGGGCAGAAGAGACGGGACCAGCUGCUGGCCACAUUUCCUGCUUUAUUUUAAAAGGUAGUAUAAGAAAUGAGGAAAAAGAGGUAAUUUCAGGGCUUCUGCUUUUAUUUUAAAAUGUUCAUAAUUAAAAAGUAUUUUCCAGCAGUCCAAAGAUGUAAGUUAUCUUACACAUAAAAUGUUUUAUUUUGUUGUUAUUUGGUUAUGAAAAUGGAAUCUUGUUCUUGCACAACUGUAAAUGUUUUGUUGCUAGAUAAUACACUCUGAGACCUAACUUGGUCUCUGGUUUCCAGUGCAUUACAGCAUAUUUUGUAAAAUCAUCUACUGCACUUGAGCAUGAAUAUGGAUAGUAGCCAAACUCACAACCUGGAGUGAUGAACCUGCUUAUACCUAAGUGCAGGAGCAAGCCCCUCACAAUGCAGCUGCAUGGAUUUUUAGUGCCUACUGAAUAAUAUAUAAUAUAUAUAAACCAAAAGUAGUUGGAAAAAUUAUUUGAAAUGACUAAUUUGUGCUAUCUUUAUGGAAUAUGUUAAAUGUAGCUUUUUGAAACAGAAGCCUUGAAUUGAAAUUUAAUUAAUACUUGAACAUUUUGUAUAUAUAUAUAUCUUUGUAUAUAAUUUUGUGCAGUACCAAUGACAAAAAUAUGGUGUCAUAAUAAAAUCAGGUUUGUUGAUCUUUCAGUUAUGGGCUCAAAGAAUUUAUUCAUCUCUCAAUAUGACAUUGGAAAACAAUGGAUGAAAAUAGGAAAAAUGAUUGUUGUUAAUGCUGUGGGUCUUAGGUUCUGAAAGCAGUAAGUGCGUUUUUCUAAAAAGUAUACCAUUCCUUUGGAAUAUUUUCUUCCUAACGUCAAUGAUUUUCCUGCAUUAUUUGAAGUUUGGGGGCUGGGGAGAAACAGUCAAAGCUUUCUGAAUUGGGAUGCUUUGAAAUUCCAAGUAUAGAUUUUUAGAAUGUCAUUUUAUAAAUGGCAGUUUUUGGAAAUACUUGAUUAAGAACUUUUGAAAAUGGAGAUUAGUAUCAACUGUUUUAAAAGCUGCUUUGUUAGGUUCCUUAUGUUUUUAAACUGUCCUUCUUAGUUUCCAUUUCAUUCUCUUUUUUUUCUAAUUUUGGUGACUUAUAGUGAUUUUGUCAUUUUUUUGCAUCAACGUCAUAGUCUUGUUUUUACAUGGUAUUGCAUGUAUUUAAGACCUAUCUAACAGGGACUUUAAAUAAAUUUGGUCAUAUUUAUGUGUAAACACAUUUUACUGUAAAUGUUUGGGUUUCUGAAUUUACAACAGAUCUGUUUAUUUCAGUAUGUAGUAAACAAUAUCUUAAAGUGUCCUAUUCACUACUUGUUAAUUAAAAAGUUAUGAUUAAUAUGAAACUGUUGUCUUACUAUUUUUAGAAAAUUGUGUUCUGAAUGAUUAGUAGCUGGAUAAAGCAGAUUUUUGGAAUAUAAUAUGGAUUGUUUAGAAGUUUUCAGGUUUGGCUCUAUUUACUGUAGUGGAUGAAAGCAGUUUAGUAUUUGGGGAGUCUUUUUUUCUUUUCCUAAUUGUGCCUCUAUGGCAAAAUGAUACAGAAAGAACUGAAGAUGUACCUUUUAAUAGUUGUCUUCUGAUUGUGACAGGAAUUCAUACAUUAAUUGAACUAACACAUCAUAUUGACCUGCUGUUUCUGUCAUAUUGACUUAAUGUUUCUGCACUUCCUUGACCAAACCUAACGAAAGAGUCCACGUUUGUUAAAAUGUAGUCACACCUCUGAUAUAAUCCAACAAAAAGUGUUCAAAAUAUUUUAAAUAUUUGUUCAUUUUAUAAUCACUAAAUUAAUCUCUCUCUCUUCUCUUUAAACAGCUUAGCAGUGUCUGCAAAAACGAAUCUUUUCCUACAACCUGUUAACUGACUGGACUGAUGGUAACAAAGUAAUUGUGGGAGCCAUGUCGGUCAAAAAUUUGGCAUCUGCUGAAAAAAAUGAAUGCCAUUUUCAAGUUCCCAAAUUACUUCUAUACUGAUUUCACUUUCCAGAUUUCACUUUCCAGAAAUGGAGAUAUGAAAAGAUUGUCUGGAAUCCUUGAAAGACUUAAUAGGAAUUCAUGAGACUAAGUUAAUUUUGGAACAAAAUUACACAUUUUUUGUCUUUCAUGGGAGUGAUACUCAGUUCUUUGCAUACCUUUUAAAAAUUGUAACCAUUGGAGAAGAGAUUGAUAGUAUUACAUCAAGGAAUAUUAGAUUCUUUUCAUAAUCAAGAGCACAUUUUAUGGAAUUACAUUUAGUGCAGUAGGAUUACAUAAACAGGCCAUCAGUGAUCACAAGGCCGUAUCAUGAGUUUGUAUUUAUUUCCUGGAACAUGAGAGCUAAUCUGAAGUACAGACAGACCUUGCUGAGUAGAAUAUAAAAGUUUAUGUAAAGUCUUUAACCUAUAAAGAGUAGUCUUUUUAAAUAGAUGCAUUGAUUUGUCUGUGUAUCUUUGAAAAACUGAAUAUGAUUAAAUGUAUGGGUAGUUAAUUGCAAUUCAGGAUAAUGCCAAGAUGUGUGGAUCUGAGGUUUUGGCUUCUUGAGCUUCCUCUGAGGAUAUAUUAAAAUUAUUUUGAGGUUUCUAAUGAAUGGUAUACUAGUUUCUACUGUUUUAUAUUAAAAUUUCUCUAGUAUGAAAGGCUUUUUAGCGUUCUGGAUGAUGGGAGUGUUUUUUUUUUAAACAGAAUAUGGUUUUACUUAUUUGAAACAUUUUUCCAGUUCAUUACAAGUGUGA